CUCGUUGUAAUUGGGGCGAACGCUUUGUGCCAGCUGUUUCGUACUUGUCAGUGUUUCAGAGUGAUCGUACAAACCGGUCUACGACGAAACUCGUCGAACGAAUCGUUGUCGCCGAGCGAGAAUCAUUGGACAAACGCGGUCGUGGAAGGAAGAGAAAGAAAGCAUUUCGGUGUACAGCUACAAAGGAACGACUGGCUAGUCGCCAUCUUAGAUUCAUUGUGAGCACAUUGCACGAAGCGGUUUGAAAGAGUUCCAACGGAUCGUGAGCUUUUCAAGGAAAAAAAUUAACAGGCAUGCGAGAAGGAAAGGUGUCGUUUUUCCUCGAACGUGAGCGCUUAUAAACCGACACGGUGCAUGUCGACAGAGGCAGACGCAGUGAGUGUCGUGAGCGAGAAACGCGAAAACGGCCACAGAUGCAUGAAACGCAAGUGAAACGACCGUGUGCAAAGUGACUUCCUGGAGGAGAGAGAUUUUUUCUUUUCUGUUUCCUAAUUUACGGAGGCCUAACAGGGCGGAGCUGAUCAUCGACGCGUACGAACGAAUUGAAAUCAUCAGCAUGAGUAAGAUACUAGGUACAAACUAUUGCACCGUGUUCUCUGUACUUAGAAGUCCCGAAGAGGGUGAAUCGUUUAAACGGAUCAUCUGAAAGAAUCAUCCAACAAAUAGAAAAGCAAAGGCCAUAACCGUGGGAAAGAGCAAGAAUUCGAGUACGUUUGAGCCGCGAGGGCGAUUAGUCAGGAUUGAACAGCCGGACCACGAGUGAUAAUUACGAGUGAGGAGCAGUGCUAAAAACGAGUGCAUCGGUUUUCGUGCGUGAAAAAAUAAAAGUGUUAAUCAUUGAAGGAGCUCGUGGGAGACGUGUGAUCACCUUCGGCAAAAGAACUUGGACGUUGACGUAAUCAGUUCUAUAUAUAGGUGUUCGAAAUUCACGAAACCGUGAAGCGAACAUUAUAUAAAAGAGCGAAGUACUCUCGAUCGCGAACAAUAAUUUUUCUUUUCUUUCGUGGAUCUGUUAGAAUCGACAUUUACUCUCAAUCUAGACAUUUUCUCCCUGUGAUCAAUUGUACUUUUCAAUCGAACACUCGUGUACUUAAAUCCUUAGAAAAUCGAGAAUCGCUUUGUAAAUCGAUUUACUUAGUGACUGUGAAAAUCUUGGAACAAUAUCGUUAGUCGUACGAUCGAUACAUCAUUUAUCGACCCGAUCGUUUAAUCGAUAAGACAGAUCUCUAUUGAUCGAAGAGGAUCCACGAAGUUUCCCUGCCGAUCGACACACCCGACGGCAUCCAAAAUACUCUUAUAACCCGUAAUGUAUUUGAGAUCGCACGUUGAGGCAGCAAAAGGGAGGCACGAGAAUGCAAGAGAGGCGAUAGAAGUUGGCUGCGGAACAAAAGGUCGAGGUAACAUUGGAUCGGCCGCGAGAGACAAGGGCAAGACGAAGAGAUCUCUGGUGGACUGCUGGGAUUUCGAAGAGCCUCAGCUGCUUCAUCCGAGAUUGGCCGACAGAGAUUCAAAACAGGCGUGCGUACGACGCGGUAUGAGCGAAGGUGAACGAGCAGUGACCACGCCACGAAUUGGCUGGCGAAAGCUUACUGAUCCUGGCGACUGACACGAAUCCAGGAACUCGGGGGCAGGUCCGAAGCGAUAGCAUCAGCUACUGUUUCAUCGUCAACGUCAUCGUUGUCCUGCCACUCAAACAACUAGCCACUGCCACUUGAACUCUCGUGGAAGGAAGAUCUUCAAACCUCGACCCAUUCGACAGGAUACCGCUAUAUCCUGACGCAUCUUGGUCCCUGUCGAUGUCAGCCAAAUGCAAGAGAACGCUCUGUUGAGAUUUACGUCGAGAACAUUGAAGACGGACCCGAAAAUGGCGGGUAAUCGGUGUCGGUAGCAGACGGGGUUAUUGCCUAAAAGAGCGAUCUCCUCGUCUUGCAUUAUUCCUAGGGGAGCCACAUCUGAACCGUUCAAUUGGUUUCGGCUAGAAUCCCAUUUUUCUCUCUUGUCACGAGUAUUUUAUUCUCGUCGAUCUCCCUCUGAAGCCAGUUGACGAACUUUGUGUCGUUGUUCUUGUUUUUUCUUCUCUUCGUUUAUACCGUUGUUGAAUAAAACAACAACAACAAACGGGUCCGCGGUUGACCCAUAGACAAUAAAUCGUAGGUGAUAAGAGUAGUGGUAAAAUGUAGUUGUGAAACGAUUAAGGAUUCAAAUUGGGAAGAAGGACAAGAAACGUCGAAAGGGAAAACCCCCUGUCGUGAUACCGCAAGCAGUAUCCUCGCUGAGUGAUCUCCCGUAAGACCACGAACAAUUGUACCAAAUUUAAAAAAAGAGAGGAGAAACAUAUAUAUAUAUAUAUAGAUAUUACAUAUACAUAUAUAGUAUUCGCGCUUAACAUCCGCUCCUUUUUCUGCGAUCAUCAUGCCGCCUACUCCGAAUAAAUUGAACUUGAGCUUCGCCAGAAACGCGUACAGCGUGUUUGGAACACGCGGUACUAAUACCACCGCUGAUCAACAGCGUGAGCAGAAAACGGAACUUUUGGAGGGAACCAGAGGCAAUGGAAUUCUCCACCUAAAGAAUGGUAUCGAUUACAUCAACCCUGGUGAAGAAGAUCAAAUGGAAAUUUAUGGAUACAAGAGAAACAAUAUUUUAACCGCUGUUACUUGGUUCUUGAUUAUCAUUACUGGAGGGCUUCUUAGAUUGGUCUUUCACUGGAUACCGCAUUUUAUGUUGUUGGCAACUCAUUCCAAAUGUCAAUUAGAAACCGCAGACACUGUUUUGCUGGUAGAAAAGUUCCAAGGAAAACACACGAGUUAUUACGUAAAGAAAUUGCAGACUUUGGCCGCUCAGGAUAUACUCGGUAAACCUUUCGAUGGAAAAUCAUUGAUGGAUAAUGAACCAUGGAUGGAGAACGGCAGCGUGAUAACCGUCAAGGAAGUAAAGGAAGAAUAUCCUCCCUCACUCUCGCUGCAUUUAGCCGGUGGACAAUUUAAACAGGUUCCGUCGAUCAUCCUGUUCCAAUGCAAGAAGUUAACUUACGUUUGGGACCCCGAGAGAUCCGAGUUCCUAAAACUUCGUGGUUUAGACGUUGGUGUCCUAACUUCCACAUUACAUCAAAUGCAAGGAUUAAAUUCGCUUGAACAGCAUAUGAGACGUUGCGUUUACGGAAACAAUGAAAUCGUGAUUCAAGUAAAGAGUAUUCUAACGCUGCUUUGUCUCGAGGUCCUUAAUCCAUUCUACGUCUUCCAACUGUUUAGUUUUUGUCUCUGGAUUGCCGACAACUAUUAUUAUUACGCCAUGGUCAUCUUGGCCAUGUCCAGCGUCGGCAUAAUUAUGGCAGUCUUCCAGACUCGUCGGAACCAACACAACUUACGUUCCACCGUAUACUCUUCCGACGUGGCAACAGUGAUGAGAGACCGCGCGACUGGGCAAACAGCGACCGUGCCUGCUGAAAAAUUAGUACCUGGUGAUAUUUUGGUUAUUCCAUCUCAUGGUUGUUUGAUGCCUUGUGACGCAGUGCUUCUGACUGGGAAUUGCAUUCUGAAUGAAUCUAUGUUGACCGGAGAGUCGGUUCCUGUCACAAAAACACCUAUUCCUUCGUCCAAUGAAAUGAUAUACGACAUUAAGGAACAUGCAAGACACACGCUGUUCUGUGGUACUAGAGUUAUUCAAACGAGAUACUACGGUUCAGAGAAGGUUUUGGCUGUUGUCGUGAGAACAGGGUUCAACACCAGCAAAGGUGGACUGGUCAGAUCCAUUAUGUAUCCUCCACCCGUCGAUUUCAAGUUUGAACAAGAUUCUUACAAGUUCGUCGUAUUAUUGGCUGGUAUAGCUAGUAUUGGCGUGAUUUACACCAUUGUGACAAAGGCUAUGAGAGGUGUCCCAAACCAUCACAUCGCUCUUGAAGCGUUAGAUCUGGUUACCAUCGUAGUACCGCCAGCUCUACCAGCGGCUAUGACAGUCGGUCGAAUGGUGGCACAACGCAGACUUGAGAAAAACAAGAUUUACUGUACGAGUCCAAGAACAAUCAAUGUGUCAGGAUCAAUUGACUGCAUCUGUUUUGACAAAACUGGAACGCUGACUGAAGAUGGUCUCGACAUGUGGGGCGUAGUGAAUACCAUCGAUAAGAAAUUCCAGCCGCCUAUUAAAGAUAUCACAUCCUUGCCCCUAAACGAUCUUCUCAUCGGAAUGGUGACUUGCCACGGAAUCACUAUAAUAGAAAAUCAACUUGUCGGAGAUCCACUCGACCUAAAAAUGUUUGAGUCUACGGGUUGGAGCUUGGAAGAGCCCGACGUAUCCGAUACGUCAAAAUUCUCGAUGCUUUUCCCUACAAUAGUGCGACCACCAAAAGGCUCCAAUCUAUUGAAGAAGCUACCCAACGAAAUAAGAAUCUCGAUCAGCCGACAAAAUUCUAUGUCUUCUGACGUGAUCGAUAACAUCUCUUUAAACAACCUUGAUACCACGUUGACUGGUUCCACGACAGAAUUGGGGGAGCAAGGUUUAGAAAUUGGAAUCGUUCGUCAAUUUCCGUUCACAUCUAGUCUCCAAAGGAUGAGCGUGAUUACCAGGACGUUGGGAGCUAAUCAUUACGACCUCUAUUGCAAAGGCAGCCCAGAAAUGAUUCUCAGCCUCUCCAGAGCAGAAUCCAUCCCAGCAGAUUUUGGCGCUGUGUUACAAGACUAUACUUCGGAAGGCUACCGUGUGAUCGGCCUCGCACACAAAUCUUUGAAUCGUCUUCCUUACGCCAAGGUCCAGCGAUUGAGUCGCGAGUCUGCAGAGUCCGAUCUGACGUUCAUAGCAUUCGUCAUCAUGGAAAAUAGAUUGAAACCAGAAACCACGCCUGUGAUCAGUGCAUUAAACACUGCCUGUAUAAAGACUGUCAUGGUGACUGGCGACAAUAUGCUGACUGCACUGUCCGUUGCCAGAGACUGUGACAUCGUGAAGCCAGGUACAGCCGUCAUUGCAGUCUCUGCCACUCAGCAAAACCAGAUGAAACCACAAAUCUAUUUCACGAAGAGCAGCAGUCAGCCAUCUAUGGGACACGGAGAUCUCAGCGAAAUGACUGAUUUGAAUAGUGUAGCUAGCUUGGAAACAGUGGAGAGUGGCUCCUUUGGGAACAAUCAGUUCGAUAACGAUGUCAAUUAUUUAGCCGACGACUUACACCAUUCAAAAAACAAAUACGUGUUUUCACUCACGGGUAAAACGUGGGCCCUAGUCAAACAAUAUUACCCAGAACUGAUUCCCAAACUUGUCACUCGUGGAGCAAUCUUUGCGAGGAUGUCGCCAGACCAGAAGCAACAACUCGUUCAGGAAUUGCAAUCUUUGGGAUACUAUGUUGCUAUGGUAGGUGAUGGGGCAAACGAUUGUGGAGCUUUGAAAGCUGCCCACACCGGAAUUUCUCUCUCUGACACUGAAUCUUCAGUAGCAUCGCCGUUUACGAGCCGCGAGACUAACAUUUCUUGCGUAUUGACCGUGAUUCGAGAAGGUCGCGCAGCUUUGGUCACUUCCUUCGGAAUUUUCAAGUAUAUGGCGAGUUAUUCGCUCACUCAAUUCAUCUCAGUGAUGCUGCUGUACAGUUUCGAGUCGAAUUUGACAGACAUCGAGUUCCUCUACAUAGAUCUCUUUAUCAUCUCGAUCUUCGCUUUCUUCUUUGGUCGUACCGAGGCUUACGGUGGUCCAUUAGUCAAGACAGCUCCUCUGAACAGUCUCAUUAGCAUCACUCCAAUUCUUAGCUUAGUGACGCAAAUUUUGAUUGUGGCUCUAUUUCAGUCCAUUAGUCUAUGGCAUCUUCAACAAAUGGAUUGGUUCAAACCGUUCAAUGCCACGGAGAAAGCUGCUGAGAACAAGGACGAUGUGAGCUGUACCGAAAAUUACACAGUUUUCAUAAUCAGUUCCAUGCAGUAUAUCAUUCUGGCUGUGACGUUCUCUAAGGGCCAUCCAUAUAGAAAGUCUCUGUUCACGAAUUACGGUCUGCUCACCUCGUUCAUUUGUCUCAGCCUCUUCUCCGUUUACCUCGCGACCUUUCCCUUUGAGUGGCUGAGUGACUGGUUCGAGCUGAUUCUUCCAGAGAACGUUGGCUUCCGCUUCAUCUUGGUCGGCUACGGUAUCGUCAACUUCGUGAUCUCGUUGCUAAUGGAGUACUUCUUUGUUGACUACCUCGUUUUUAGAAAAUUACGCUAUCGUUGGCAUAACAUAGACAAAUCUAGACGAAAGUUCCUCGCGAUUGACCGUGACAUGGCACGCGAUUUAAAAUGGCCACCGAUCUCCCAAGAACCGUUACCAGAAGCUGCUCCCGAUAUUCUGAUUCGUCAAAACGUCACCGAGAUCAAGAUCGAGAAACGCGUUCCCGAGUCCUGUCAUCCUGUGGACACGAGCUUCAUGAACAGUCCGAUCUGUGAGAACUUCAAGCACUUUGGCUCUGCCAGAGAAGUCACUCUAAAUCCCAAGUCCUUGUUCAACGAUCGCAGAAACACCGUAUCCAUGCAAACGGUUCCUUGCUUCGAGGACAGAGAUUCCGUGCUGAAACAACCGAACAUAGAGCUGACAGCGAAGAGAAGAUACAAUUCGGAAUCGGAGAAAGGGAUCAAUCGGUACGAAAAAGCCAGUUUUAAGAGCCACAGCACAAAUCCAAUCGCAACCCUGCCUAGGAACACCGCUAUGGCUCUUCAACCGCAGAAAUUGAGGGAUUUGAAGAGCGCCUUGAUGCACAAAAGCGAAUAUGGCUUGUCUCCCAGUACACAAAGUGUCCUUGAACUCGAUAUUCUACCGUCGUAGAAGAGAGCGAUUUAUCCUCGUGGGAUUUGAAUUGGUAGUGAUCAAAGAACGGUACUUCGAACAACGAACGGUAAUCGUUUCAAGUUUGAAGAACGAUCUACUGUUUGCUAUUCGACGUACCUGCUCGAUUUCAUAGACCGGAUUGUCUCGAAGUAUCUCCACUUUAUCUGCCAGUGCAUUUGUUGUCCCAUGACAAUUGCAAUACAAGACUGUUUUCAGCUGCUAUACGGAAUCACUCAGGAACGUUUAAUUCAGAGACGAUCAGGAAAGUUUCGAAUCACCAGCAUUCAACUGGAAGAAAUGAUAUGGCAAAUUUCCGACACGAUCUCUAAUUUAAAUAUCGUUCACAAGAGUGCAUUUAGAAUGCCGCGGCAUUCACGACAGCUUGGUAACCAACGAUGCAUCCCACGAGCAUCGUACGGUAGAUCAACUGAAGGGGUCCCUUUUGACCUGAUCUUUCUUCGUCCUCCUCCUCUACUAGUAUUCGAGCAUACCAGACUCGAAAGAGAAAGUAUUAUCAUUAGUUUAUUUAACUUAGAUGAUGAAUUUUAACUUACUCUGCCGUCAGGGAGCAAUGGUCCCGUCGAAGAGCGCUCACCUUGGCGCAGGUCGAACGAAAUAGAUAGUUAGAUACGUUUUUUUCCUUUUUUUUUUUUUUUGGGGGGGGGGAUCUCUUUUGCGUUUAGACGCCGUCUUUUUUCACUGCGGUUUCAAAGAUAUACUUAAAAAAUAAAUUAAAGAUAAUAUAAUACAUGGAUCACGCGCUUUGUGUGACAAGAUGUAUAGAUGGUUGCGAAUGCUAAUGAAUUUUCUAAACUAGGAAACUAUAGGGAAUUGAUCAUAUUCCCGUUUUCACGACGAGCUUUUUUCUUUUUUCUGUAUAAUAGUCAGGCAGUUGUUAUUGAAAAUAUCGGACAACCUAAAACGACGCUCGACGCGAUAUCGACGUUAGUAGAACAAAAAGUUAUUUGUAUAAAAAUAAUGAAAUUUCGUCGUGAAAGCGGGAAGUUAGUGUACUUUUUUGUUGGUGUGAAGAUGGGAAAAUUGUAACUAUACCGUAGUUUAUCCCAUGAUAAUCUUAUUUAAUAGAACUUGAAGAGCCGACGUCCUGCGAUCUGCAAAUGCAGAAAUUCGAUGCUCGUUGUCGCAGAUACUUACUGUUAAACCGAAUAACGAGAUAAAUGUGUACUUAUAUACGCAAUGAAAAAUAUAUACUUAAGCGCGUUAUUCUAUCAUUUGCAACGCCAAGCUUGCGUUGAAUUAUAGCGGUUGUCGAAUAACAAAGUAUGUUUUUAAUGUAAAA